UGUCGCAACAAAACCAGACAUCAAUCAUUACCAAACAAAAGAAACACCAAAGUUCCAAGAUCAGAUCUUGCCCGUGUGUACGGCACCAGAUCGCUCUUGGGAAAAAGCCUUCCCUUUUAAUCUCUCUGCAACACACUUUCCAUUCACCACGCAGGAGAAGAACAUCGUAUCAGAUCCAAAAGCUUCUCUGACAUAUUUGCCUUUUCUUGCUAUUUUUUCCGGCUUCCUCCCUUUUCCACGGACUCGAGUCUGCACGUAAAAGAAGUUGUGCUUGAAUCAAGAUGGAUCAGCAAGGACACGGUCAACCCCCACCGAUUGGGGUUGUUCCUGCCGCAGGUCAAUUGCCCUACGGCACGAUGCCUUAUCAGCCAGGCCAGAUGAUCGGCCCUUCGAGUUUCCCGCAUAUUCAGCCGACUAGCCAGCCUCAGCCGCCGGGAUCCCAGCUUGCACAUAACCAACUGGCCUAUCAGCAAAUUCACCAGCAGCAGCAGCAGCAACUGCAGCAACAGCUCCAGUCUUUCUGGGCAAACCAGUAUCAAGAAAUCGACAGGGUCGCAGACUUCAAGAACCACAGCCUCCCUUUGGCCAGGAUCAAGAAGAUCAUGAAGGCCGACGAGGAUGUGAGGAUGAUCUCGGCCGAGGCGCCGAUCGUGUUUGCUAGGGCGUGCGAGAUGUUCAUCCUGGAACUGACAUUGCGCUCCUGGAACCACACCGAGGAGAACAAGCGGACGCUCCAGAAGAAUGAUAUAGCAGCAGCAAUCACCCGGACAGAUGUCUUUGACUUUCUGGUGGAUAUUGUUCCUAGGGAGGAGCUGAAGGAGGAAGGGCUUGGGACAGUUCCAGGAGGAGUGCUCCCUGCCAGCGGGCCCGUGGAUGGGCUACCUUAUUGCUACGUUCCGCCGCAGCAGGUGUGUCAGGCUGGGCCUCCGGGGAUGUUUGUUGGUAAGGGUGUGGUUGAUCCUGCCAUGUAUCCAUAUAUGGCUCAACAAAUGCCCGAGACAUCAGAGCAACAGCAAUCUCCCUCAGAUCAUCAGUAGUUAUAAUACUGAGUAGAGAAUAUAUUCUCUCUCCACAUAUUGGCCAGUUGGUAUCUGAAGAAUGGAAUGAGAGGCCUUCUGAGUUGAUAACCUGAUUCUGACUGGAGAAGAGUGAAGAUGAUGCAUAACAUGAUUGUUAAGAGUAGCCGAUCUUGAUUUAGUCUAUGUUACCUUCUCAGUUUCCCUCGUUUUAGUUACCUGAAGAUACAAAAUUAGUUGUCAUUUUGGCAUCUGAUUUGUUGAAAAGGAUUGUGUAUUCAUUCUGCACUAAGUUCUACACCUUCUCCUUCAAGUGACUUGAUCCUUAUCCUCCUUUACCCUUAAAAUGCAAUUGCUCGAUGUGCUUUGGCAACA